CAAGAUAUGCAUUAUAAAAGGGCACUGCGAAUGAGAAAUGAUGAUCUAUGUGACUCCAACUCACAAUGCAGAAUCCUUCACCUGCACUAACAGGGCAUUUUUGUUAAUUCGGGCUCCUCCAAUCCACCCCGCUCAUCAGGCUUCCAACACACAUACGAAGUACGCCCAACAUAUCUACGUCCGUUCAGCUUCAGGGCGAGGCUGAACCGCUGUCAGGUCUCUGGACACGAACAUAAAGGCUUCCGCUGUUCAGUGUCUUCAAAAAGUGCGUAUUUGAAAACUUCCGCGCGGUGUUCUUUGAUCUGCCAAAUUUCUUCAUCCUAUCGCCGAAAGAAUGACUCAAGGUCAACUGGUCUCGGCCUCUCACUCCGCUGAGGAGCUUGUACCAUGGCUUCUCAAGUCUCCCAGCAUUGUCCAGCAGCUUGGAAUCUGCGUCACGAUAGCAUGCACGCGGGAUGUGGCUCAAAUCCGCCUAAACACUGAUGGUCUGCCGUCAUUGAGAGACGAUCUUGCUUCAAAUCUCAUCCGAAUCGCGGACGCAGGUGGAGAAGCAUUCGAGGCUGCGUACUCAUCCUUGAGCGACAUCUCAAGUGUUACCAAGCAGAUGAGCAAAGAGAAUGGACUGCUGGACAAGUUGGAAGAUCGCGUCCUGAAUCGAAGAUCUCAAAGAGACGCUACAGCAUGCCAAAAUAUCAUCAACAGAAUCGAUACAUAUAUUCAGAGAAGCACUGACCAUGGGCUUACUACCCAAGAAGACUUUGAUAAGUUUGCCAAGUUUGUCAAGCAGGUAAAAGAGGCUCUUUUGAAUGCUCAAUCACGCGAAAAUACGAAGCUGGUCAAUACCCAACGCCACAUUGAAAACAUGGAUAUGGAGAAGACUCAACAAGAAAAAGUGUUUAGGCAGUCGGAAUGGGAAGCAAAAGAAGCAGCAGUGCAGUACAACACAAUCUUAGAGAGAUACAAUGGGCGCGCGAGCUGGCUUGGAAACAGCAUGGCUUGGACCGUCGGAGCCUCCACGGCUGGUGCUGCUGCCCUUGGAGUAGCAGCCACUGUUGCUACCGCUGGGGUGGCCGGAGUUGCAAUUCUAGGAGGCCUGAUAGCUGGUGCCAUCUCCGCAGGCAAACUUGAAGAAGCCUCGAGGGGGUUGAACGUUGUUGAGGAUAGGUUGAGCGAGAAGCGCCGCGCGCGAGAUGCACUGGAGUUACAGAUCGCAUCAUUUGAAGGAGAACUAAAACUCCUCGAAUCUUCGAAAGACAAACUGGAACGAGCUACUACAGUAAUUGCAAAGGCUUUGAGCCUGCUCACUGAUUUAGCGAAAGAUAUCAGUCAGUUGAUGAUUCGAUUUCGCGAUCUGAAUCAGGCGAUCAGAGAGUUGGUCGACCAAUAUAGUGAAGGUAAAGAGUUGGCAGGCUACAUUCAAGAAUCCAUUGAAGAAGGAGAGCAUCCAGACCUGCGGGAUAUGAGUGAUUUCAGGGAGAAGAUUUCAGACAUGAGAAAAGUCUCCGUCAUCAUCAGAUGUCUCUCGGAUCUCUAUGCUACGGUCAUCCGAGACGUGGUAAUUCCUGGGUUUGGACAAGCCAUAGAAAUGUCGAAUGGCAACAUUCUGGACCAAAGUAUUGAGCAGGUCAUCCGCGACAAGGAGUUGCUAAUGAGAUCUUACGUCGAAGACUCGGACCUUAAGUGUCGUGCGAUGGCACAGAAGUCGUCUGCGAUGUUGUCCGAGGAAUUGUCCCGAGCUAGACGAUUGGAGUCUCGUUCGAAUGGAGGCCUUCCAGUUGCACAGUAGAUCAUACUAGAUGGUGUUUGGAGGCCGUUCGCGAGCUUGCACGCUUUGAUUUACGUCUGUUGUUACGGUUGUGUUUCAUCUCCAAUAUUUGUUAUAGCAAUGCACCUGUCU